AUAAGCAGAUGUUGCGGCUGCCGGUCCGCGUGCCACCCUGAUGGGAUGGGAGGGCAGGACGGGGCGGAGGGCAGGUCCAGCAAGGGCGCGGUCUGCCUUUGCGGCACCUCAUCUGUGCCGAGAGGAUCUCCUUCAUCCUCAGUCGUGCCAACUGCGCUGCGACGCACCGAGAAGCGACCAAACCGCUGCGGGGACAUCGUUUUGACCGCCGUGCGCGGCGGUCGGCCCACGCAGCGCGCGCGUCCCCCUCUCCUCCCUCUCUUGCGUCGUUUUUCUCACAGGUUCGACGCAUUGAACCUGCAUGCCAAGAUAAACUCCAGCUCGCCUAUAAAUGCCCCUGCCUCCGCGUCCACUCCGGACAGGAGCGCGCAGGUUUUUUUCCCCAAAUGGCGACUCGUGGGGACUCUGCCCGUUUCCUCCUCCAUCCUAACUUCACAAAGUGAGUCGGGGCGGGGGAGGGGGGGACUUCACCAGACUUUUCGGCCUCCCGUAAGGAGGGAGGGGGGCCGGAAUGCUGCUCUCCACGCUGGUGACGUGCCUCGCCGGGUGCGCCGUGCUCCUGCCGCCGGCCAGCCUGGGCUGCGGACCGGGCAGGGGCCACGGCAAGAGGCGCGCGCAGCGCAAGCUGGUGCCGCUCUCCUACAAGCAGUUCAGCCCCAACGUGGCGGAGAAGACGCUGGGAGCCAGCGGGAGGUACGAGGGCAAGAUCACGCGCAACUCCGAGCGCUUCAAGGAGCUCACCCCCAACUACAACCCCGACAUCAUCUUCAAGGAUGAGGAGAACACAGGUGCAGACCGCCUCAUGACGCAGCGCUGCAAAGACAAGCUGAACUCUCUGGCUAUAUCUGUGAUGAACCUGUGGCCGAAAGUCCGCCUCAGAGUCACGGAGGGCUGGGACGAGGACGGCCAUCACUCCGAGGAGUCGCUGCACUACGAGGGCCGGGCAGUGGACAUCACCACCUCAGACCGGGACAGGAACAAGUACGCAAUGCUGGCGCGGCUGGCUGUGGAAGCCGGGUUCGACUGGGUCUACUACGAGUCCAAAGCUCACAUCCACUGCAGCGUCAAGUCAGACCACUCAGUGGCGGCUAAGUCUGGAGGCUGUUUCCCGGGCGACGCCUCUGUGACCUUGGAGAGUGGCGCUCAGAAGCCCAUCAGGGACCUGCAGCCCGGCGAACGGGUCUUGACGUCAUCGAGCAGCGACGGCGGCGGGGAGCUGGCGUUCAGUGAGGUCCUGACCUUCCUGGACCGCGACCCCGACGCCCACGGACUCUUCUACACCCUGCAGACGGAAGCAGGGCCGCAGCUGUCGCUCACCGCCGCCCACCUCCUUUUCGCCUCGGAGGGAAACUGCUCAGAGGGGGCGGCGCCGGCCCCCGGCGCCCUCAAAACUGUGUACGCCAGCAACGUCCAGCCGGGGCAGUGCGUGCUGGUGUCAGGGGGGCGAUCGGGGCGUCUGUCUCGGGUCAACCGGGUCAGCGUUGCCGUAAAAAGGGGCGUUUUCGCCCCACUGACCCGGCAGGGCACGGUGGUGGUGGAUGGGGUGUUGGCGUCCUGCUACGCGGCGGUGAACCAGCACCUGCUGGCCCACCGCUCCUUCUCCCCCCUGCGGCUGAUGCACAGCUGGACUGGGAGCACUGGGCGCCACGGCGACGGAAUGCACUGGUACGCACAGCUUUUGUACUGGCUGGGGAGGAAGCUGCUGAGCUCGGGGGAGCUCCACCCUUUGGGCGUGGCUCAGGAGAACAGGUGAACCCUUCCACAAGAACAGGAACUUUCGGUGACGAAAACCUCAAAAAUAAAUUGACUUUGAGCACAAAGUGACUUCAGAACUCAAAAGUUUAGAGCAGAUUUUGAAGGUUUGAAGGAAAUGUACAGCUGACCGUCGUAUUACCACGAGCUGCUUUUGUUUGUCUGUUUUAUACAUGUUUGUUUGCUAUUUAUCUGACUUCCUUUAUUUAUUAUAAAUUAACCAAAUCUUCUUUAUCAGCAAUAUUAGUAAAACUACGACUAAAUAUGUCUUCUCUGAGCAGGUUAACACUGUGUUAGGGCCAUUUUCUUGAUUUAUUUAUGAGUUUGUAUCUCCUUAAAAACAAAUUUUCUGCCCUAAACAAACAAAAUAAGUUCAACAAUUGAAAGACAUUUUCAUAUAUAAAAAUGGUUCUUAAAACUUCCAAUGGGAUCAUCUUUUGAUUUAUUUUAAAAGCGUUUCCAGUGGUCUUUUAAUUAUUAUUCUGCCGUUUUUUUUUAUUAUUUUUUUUUUUAUUUUUUUUAGCUAAAAUCCAAAAUGAAGACGUUCAUGGAUCUACUUGUCAGAAUUGAGCUGAGCAUUGAGGUUGUGGCCACAGAUAUUCAAACAAAGACACUCGGAAACACAUGUGUCAUUUUAAUUUUCUUUAUAUAUGUCUUCCAUCUUCAGAAAAAUGACGCAAAAACAUGAAAACACUUUUUUCAGAGUGUUAAGGCUCUUUAUCUUAAGAAUGAAUACAUUUUAUUACAGACUUAAGGCCCUAAUAACAAGACUACAAAUAGAAACAUUAAUUCAUACAUAAAAAGUACAAUAGAUAUACAUAUAAAAACGUUAAGAACAAAUUCUAAGAGUUUUUUUUGGCUUUAAAGGCAAAGUUUCUGCCCUAAACAUUGACCUUAAAAAGCCAAAACAGUUUGAACAAAUUUCUUCUGGGAAUUUACACUUUAUUUGAUCUUAUUGUUUGUUUGUUUGUUUGUUUGUUCAUUUUGUGGAGCUGUAAUCAACAGCGUCCAGAAAUGAAUAAAUAAUAAUUUAAAAAUAAAAACAUAAAAACUAGGGUUUUCCAUUGACAAGAGUUUGGUGAUACAAUAUGCAUUCCGAUAUAUGUCUCACAAUACGAUAUAUAUCCCAAUAUGAGUAUCGCGAUACGAUUCGUAUCACGAUAUAUCUCAAGACUGUACCAGAACAAUUUUGCGUUUUUUUUUUUUUUUUUUUUUUUAAGAGUAUGACUUAGAAAAGUCAUUUUUUUUAAUUGAUCACAAUAUUAAGCAAUGCAACUGUAUCUCAGAAACAAGUUGCUUUUACCCAAAAAUUCGGGCUGCCUUUAUUUUGGUAAAUUAAGAAAUAAUAAUUUUUAAUGGGAACAAGUCAAAAUUGUCUGAUUUCCACAACAAAAGUAUAAGAAAAAAUAUGUAUUGAAGGCUCAGUGUGCUGCCAACUUGUGGUUGUGGGGUUUAGGCGGAAAACAAAAGUAAGAUGCUAAGGAUGGUCAUAAAUAAUGAAUCGUCUUGUCAAUAUUUUAAAUCAAUACAAGUAUCGCCAAAUUAAAUAUCAUGAUAUAUCACCAAAUUCAUUUUUCCCUACAAUCCUAAUAAAAAUAGAGGGCAAACUUGACCCCGUGGAUUCUCCAGGGUUAAAUGUCAAUUUUUUGAACUAAAAUCUCAAACUUUACACAAUAUUUAAGGUUUUACACUGAAAUAACAAGGGAAAGUUCAAAUUUAGGAUCUCCUCCAGAACAUUUUCAGUUCAUUGUAAUUGGUUUUUUUAAAUGUUCAACUUCCUGCUUUAGAAGAAAUACUAGAUUGUAUUAAAGUUGUUUACAGAAAAAUAAUAGUUUAAGAGAGUUAUCGUUGGGAAGAGGAGACAUUCAUUACAUAGAUAUAUAUUUUUGAAAAUAAAUUCUGUGGAAAUGGA